AUGCCACGUAUUCGAACAAAUAGUUCAACUCCUGAAACUCGCCGACGAGAACUUCUAUUAUUAAAAUCCUCAUCAAUUAAUGAAAAAAUUAAAACAGCUGUCGACGAAGCUAAAUUAAUUGUACGGAAUAGUAAAGAAUAUGAUAAUAAACAAUAUUUAUCAUAUGCAGAACAACUUCUUCUAUCUGAUAAACAAGAAUUAAAUAAUUUAUUUGAAACUACAACUAUUAUACCACCUAUCAAUUGCACUAAUGCAAUAUUAUUUUCAAAUGAGAAUGAAGUUCAAUAUUAUGCAUAUGUAUCAACAAUUACAGAAAAACUUGAGGAUCGAACAAAAACAUUAUCAUCACCAAUUAUUUAUCAUGUUGAAUUAGCAUCAAGUGAUGAUGAAGGUGAUGAUGAUGAACAAUGUCAACUUCGUUUUGUAACUUGUUUAAAUAUCAAACCUAAUUAUAGAUUUUCUUAUCGUGAUCAUCAUCGUCGUCGUACAAGUUCAUUACCAAGUUCAACAAUUAUAUUUGAGCUUUCAAUACCAAAAAAAGUAAAUAAUAAUCGAAGUUCUAGUUUAAAUAAUUUAACAUUAUGGCAAAAUAAUCCUCAGAAAAUAAUCUAUCUUUUUGAUCGUCAAUAUUAUUGUCAACCAAUAACAAAAUUUUAUGAUAAUAAAAUUCUUUUAGCUAAUUCAACACAUGUUGAUAUUUAUAAUAUUGAAACAGAACAAUGUGAUGAAAAAAUAUGUUUUCAAUCAUCAAAUAUUAAUUACAUAGGUAUAUGUUAUAAUAAAUAUAAAAAUGAAUUAUUAGUAGCAUCAACAUCAAGUUUAUAUGUUUAUAAUCUUCGACAAUGUAAAGUUAAAUAUGAAAUUCUUUUACCUGGUUUUCCAUUUAGUCUUGAUCAUAAUAAUCAAAUUCGAUAUCUUGUAUGCAAUUCAUCAUCAAUUUAUCAUGGUUAUUUUUCUUUUACAUCAACAUAUACUUCAACAGUUCUAUCACGUUUAUCUCAAUAUGAAUUUAGACAUGUUUGUGAUCUUGAAUUUGAUGAUGGUACAAUGCAUGGUUUACAUGCAUUUGAAAAUUAUAUUGGUAUUGUUAUAUGUUAUGGUCGUUAUUCAUCAAAACAUUAUGAAGAUUAUUGUUUAUAUGUAUAUGAUUCAUUACUUGAUAAAGAAUAUUAUCAUAUUGAUUUAAAUAAUAUUGGUUGUAUCUCUGGUUUAACUGGUUAUGAACGUACAUUAGAUUGGAUAUUAUGUGAUUAUAAAAAACAACGUAUUCUAUUUGUUAAUCAAGAAUCAAUUGAAUAUGUUCAAUAUAACGAAUGUAUAAAACAAUGUAUUCUUUUAGAUGAAUCAAAUUAUUUUAUUGUUUGGCUUUCAAAUCGUUUAUUUAUUUAUACUAUUAAUUAA